GGAGAGGGAGUAAUCCCGGCUGGUGCUAUCUCCGCAUCUCUUUUGUUAUUUAUCGCGAAGAGGAGGAAGAAGAGAAGGGGAGACGGCACUUUCCAGCACGGUUUUUUUUCCCCCUAAUUCCGACUCGUAACAGCUGCCGGUAUAUUCUGGAUCCCUGCCCCGAAUUAGCGGGCGGAGACAGACUUUGAUGGGGAAACGCUUUUUCUCCCCGAUGCAUCGUAAGUAACUUAAGUUGUUAUUUAUACUCCGCAAACAAACACUGCGAUAACAUCUCCCAUCUCUGGAGCGCUGGAGGCCGCGGCGAGGGAUGAGACCUGCCUUUCCCCAUCUGAGCAGGACACUUUUCCGCUUCUAAUUCAUUUGAUUUAGAUUUUUUUAAUUUUUCCAUGCUCCGCUCCCGGAGUUGCAUUUGAACUGUGAAGGAAUCGCCGAGGGGGCGAGGGGACCUGGAAAGAGAGGCUGUCCAAACGACUCCAUCGAGGCUCCUCCGCCCCCGCCAAGAUGAUGCUUAGCCCGGACCAAGCUGCCGACUCCGACCACCCCUCCUCGGCGCCCUCGGACCCGGAGUCCCUGGGCGGCGCGGACGCCCAGGCGCUGAGCUGCUGCGUCUCCGACCCGGAGCCCGCCGAGGGCGGCGGCGGCGGCGAGGGCCGGGGCGGCGGCGGCGGCGGCGGCGGCGGCGGCGGCGGCGGCGGCGGCGGCGGGGAUGGCCGGGGCGGGGGCCGGCCCGGGCUGCACCCGCCGCCGCUGAGCCGCGAGGAGAAGCGGCGGCGGCGGCGCGCCACGGCCAAGUACCGCUCGGCGCACGCCACGCGCGAGCGGAUCCGCGUGGAGGCCUUCAACCUGGCCUUCGCCGAGCUGCGCAAGCUGCUGCCCACGCUGCCGCCCGACAAGAAGCUCUCCAAGAUCGAGAUCCUGCGCCUCGCCAUCUGCUACAUCUCCUAUCUCAACCACGUGCUGGACGUCUAGCGCCGCGCACC